AAUGAACUAACUAAUGGAUAAAUAUUCAAAAAUACAUAUGUGUUUUCUUGUUUGCGUGUGUAGAUAACAUUUUCCAAGUAAUGGUGGAUGAGUCUAAAUACAAGGAUGGAGGAUGGGCAUGGGUGGUUGUUUUUGGUGCAUUCAUAUCUCAUUUUAUGACAUGUGGAUUUGAAAAGGGAUAUUCUGUCCUCUAUGUGGAAAUUAUUCGUGUAUAUAAUACAAGUGCGGCUCUCGCUGCUGCUCUCGGAGGUUUAGCAUCUGCAGUUCGACUGUUAUUAGCCCCUCUAUCCGUUUCCUUAAGUAAUAUAUACUCUGAACAAAAAGUGGCUAUGGCAGGAGGCUUAUUGACAUUUAUUGGUCUUCUAACAGCAGCACUGAGUCCUCAUUUUACCAUAUUUUUCAUUGCAUAUGGAGCUGUAUUUGGUUUCGGAUUAACUCUUUCUUAUACUCCCUCCUUGGUUGUAUGUACGCAUUACUUCCACAAACGUCGUGCGACGGCUCUCAGUCUUUCUCUAGCUGGAUGUGGCGUCGCAACUAUCAUUCUACCGUAUCUAUUUUACUUCCUAAUCAGUUAUUAUGGACUACGUGGUGCUAUGAUUAUUCUUUCUGCGUUAAGUCUCCAUUACUGUGUUGCUGGUGCCUUAUACUACCAAAGAGAAUCGAAGAAAGAUAAUGUACAGGAUUCAGAGUCUUCAAAAGUCCAAUUAAGCAUAUUUUCAAGAUUUGUGAAAUAUAUCAGUCGUCUGUUAAAUAUUAAGGUUGCUUCAGGAAUAUGGGUGAAGAUAUUUUUACUUUCAUUCAUUUUGAAUAUGAUGGGUUCAUCGCCGGUAACAACACUUCUCAUAGAUCAUGCAGAACAGCUUGGGUAUAUCGGUGGCAGUUCAGUUCAAUUGCUUAUGAUUGAAGGCACUGUUCAAUUAGUUGUAAGAAUAGCAUUGGGAUUUUUCUUUGACAAUCGUUAUAUUAAACCAUAUCGAGGUCUUAUCUGGACUGGUGGUGUAGCCUUUUCAUCAUUAAUCAUUAUUUUUAUUGCAUUUGCUACUGAUUUGAGAAUACUAUCAACUCUUAUGUUCUUUAGAGGUGCAUCAUUAGCCUUGUAUAUUUCACAACAAGCUGUAGUUGUAUCUGAUUUAUGCGAAGGACAACCAGAAACAACAAGUCAAACAAUUGCUAUAGCACAAAUAUGCAAAGGAAUAGGAACUUUACUUGGAUCCUAUUUUUCUGGUUUAAUUAAAGAUUAUACUCAAGACUAUCGACCAGCUUUUCUAUUUCUUGGUGGAAUGCAAUUUCUGGGUUUUUUAACAGUUCUCAGUGCAACAAUAUGGGCUAGAAUAAAUGCUCGUAAAAGAAAAGAAUUAGAAGUUUCUGAAAAUUUAAUACAUAGUAGUAGUAUGGGCAAUAUAUCUGAGAUAUCAUCACAUGUCAUGAAUACAAAUGCUAUCAUCUCAACAUCGUCGUCAUCAAAUGAGUUAUCCGCCAAUGCAAUUGAUGAAACUGUACCAGUUGUUGUGACCAAAACUGACAAUGAUAUACCUACACCACAGAGUUCAAAAAUAUAAUUGUUUAAAAAAGAGUCAGUUAUGUUGACAAAAUCUGUGUAGGCGAGGGCUUUUUUAUCCUCUGAAUGUGUCAACUUACUACUACUCAAACAAAAACUGAUGUAACCAUUUUUUAUAGCUGAAGCAAAAAAAAAGUCAUUUUCUAAUUUUAUUAUUAUUGUUAUUGUAAUAACACGCUAUCAAAUCUUGAUUACAACAGAUUAGUACAAAUUUUGUUUAAAUCAAUAAAGAUAAUACCAAAGGUUUAUUUUUUAACUUGCUCUGUCCCUCCAUCACACCAUUUCUCCCUCUUCAUCUUCCUACCAGAUGCUGAUUCUAGUUAUAUAUGUAUAUCUUUUGCUUAUCGAAUCAAAACCACCUUCUUCCUUUGUUGUUGUUGUUGCUGCUAUCGUUGUAUCGAAACUGCUUUUUUUGUAGAGAUGGUUAGUAAUC